AUAACUGCACACAAUUAAACAGCAUUGAGUGCUGGCGGAAAUAAUUUGAUUUAAUUUAGCAUUUUGUACUUGUGUGUUCAGUAACAGAUUGUGACUGCUGAUUGUGGCCACAUGAAAACAUGUGACAAAAAACUGAAGAAGCCAAGUAGCGAGUAAAUGUCAGGCUGCUGGCCAGAUCUGGCCCCCCAGGACAAAUUCAGAAGACAAAGACCAGAUGCUCAGCUUCAUAGUUACACAGUUAAAUGUGUUGUUGAAACAAACCGUAUUUGUUUUAAUCACCAGUCGUUUUCUAAAGCUGUACACCUGAACUUAUGUGGAAAGGUUUGUUCAUUUUGGCAUCAUGUUUUUUGUUUUGUGUUAACAAAUUGUGAUUUUUAUCAUUUGUGGUGCUGGUCAUAAGUUAUUAUAAUUAUUACGCAGACUCUAAUGUUAUUAAAUUAAUUGUUGCUGCUGAGUAAAGUACAAAAGACUUGACUAAUGCUAAAUACUCUAAGCACAUGUUCACCCAAAGGAAGUGGCUCUCUGAUGGAAAUUUUGACUGUUGGGAAAGCUGCUCCAUUCACAGCUCCAAGUCAUCUUUUGCCUCAUGAUCCCACAGUCAUGUGCUUUCAGAGGAGGCACACUCUUUGUGUCAGAGAACAUGGUGUUCAUGGUGUCCAGACCUCAGUCUGGACCAACAGCUGUUGGUCAUGAUCCCACAGUCUGGACCAACAGACUGUACCAUCCUUACAGAGCAUGGAGGCUGAUAUUCAUCCCUCAAGUUCCCAGGGAUCCCUCAGCUUGCCCUGAUGAAAGCCAACCAAGAAAGAGACCUCCUUGAAGAGGACUCCCCUCAGGAGAAUGGAGUCCAGUCAAACCAGUACAGCUCCAUCUCACCUCCUGCAUCCCCUGUUACCCAGGAAGAACCCUUCUCCACUUACUUUGAAGACAAGGUGGCCAUUCCAGAAAAUGUCAGCCAGGUGUUCAGUUUCCGUAAACUCUGGGCCUUCACUGGACCAGGGUUUUUGAUGAGCAUUGCUUACUUGGAUCCAGGGAACAUCGAGUCUGAUCUUCAGUCUGGAGCUAUAGCUGGCUUUAAGCUCCUAUGGGUUCUUCUUGUAGCCACCAUCAUUGGGCUGCUGUUGCAAAGGUUAGCUGCACGCCUCGGGGUCGUCACUGGGAUGCACCUGGCAGAAGUCUGCAACCGCCAAUAUCGCACAGUCCCUCGGAUCCUCCUUUGGCUGAUGGUGGAACUGGCAAUUAUCGGCUCUGACAUGCAGGAGGUCAUUGGCUGUGCCAUAGCCCUCAACCUUCUCUCUGUGGGCAGGAUCCCACUGUGGGGAGGAGUCCUUAUCACCAUCACAGACACAUUUGUGUUCCUCUUUCUAGACAAAUAUGGUCUGAGGAAACUUGAAGCGUUCUUUGGCUUUCUCAUCACCGUAAUGGCUCUUAGCUUUGGUUAUGAGUAUGUGGUGGUAAAACCAGACCAAGGGGAACUGCUGAAGGGGAUGUUUUUGCCAUACUGUGCCGACUGUGGGCCUGCGCAGCUGGAGCAGGCAGUGGGAAUCGUAGGCGCGGUCAUCAUGCCCCACAACAUCUACUUGCACUCAGCGCUGGUCAAGUCUCGUGAAAUCGACCGCAAAAAUAAGAAAGAAGUAAAGGAAGCCAACAAGUACUUCUUCAUAGAGUCAUCUAUCGCUCUCUUCGUCUCCUUCCUCAUCAACGUCUUUGUUGUCGCAGUUUUUGCUCAGGCCUUCUACAAUAAAACCAAUAUAGAAGUGAAUGAAUUGUGCAAUAAAACCGGCAGCCCUCACACAGAUCUCUUCCCUGCCAACAAUGGCACCCUGGAGGUUGACAUCUACAAAGGGGGAGUGGUCUUGGGCUGUUUCUUUGGUCCUGCAGCCCUCUAUAUCUGGGCUAUAGGGAUUCUGGCAGCUGGACAGAGUUCCACUAUGACAGGCACUUACUCUGGCCAGUUUGUUAUGGAGGGUUUCCUGAACCUGCGGUGGUCCCGGUUUGCGCGGGUGCUUCUGACCCGCUCCAUUGCCAUCACGCCUACUCUGCUGGUAGCCAUUUUUCAGGAUGUAAACCAUCUGACAGGGAUGAACGACUUCCUCAACGUGCUUCAGAGCAUGCAGCUUCCGUUUGCUUUGAUCCCAAUUCUGACCUUCACCAGUCUAAAGUCCAUAAUGAACGACUUUGCAAACAAAUUAGUGUGGAAGAUUUCCGGAGGUAUCCUCAUCCUGGUGGUGUGCGCAAUCAACAUGUACUUUGUGGUGGUUUACGUGACGGCGCUGAACAGCGUGCUGCUCUACGUUCUUGCUGCUCUGCUCUCCGUAGCCUAUCUGUGCUUUGUAGGUUACCUGGCAUGGCACUGUUUGGUUGCCUUGGGCGUUUCCUGCCUGGACUUUGGCAGCAGGAUGCAUCUGGGACUGUCACGCCACACGGACAUUUACUUACUGACAGACAUGGAUGCUGAUACCCUGGUUGAGAGAUAGGAGGACACAUGUUGGACUGUUUCGACUAUGACUCGCACUCAGCCAGUAUGUGUCUCACCUCUCUGUGCCUAACACGGUUUCUUUAAAGUGUCCUUACUGUACACAGUGCAGUGCACUCACAGAUGUCUAAUCCUGUCUGAGAGGAUGACGUAUGCUUUCCACCACAAAUGUCUCAACAACCUCAGCUAAAUACUGUUUAUGCAAACAGUGGUUUAAUAUCUGGGCUCCAAAGAGAGACGUCUGUUCCCUGUGACUUUUGGCUUCUCCAGGUCAGUCAACUUAAAUGACUGAUCCACGACAAAUUAAUGAAACCAUGACUAUAGUUAACUAAAAUACCGUUAUAGAUGCAAGCCAGGCACUACAGUGAUGAUCGCGUCGCUGUCCAUUCAGAAAUCGCACAAUGAUAAUCUUGCUGUUUCACAUCUCUGAGACAACAAAGUCACGAGUUCAGAAACACAGUUGGUUGUUUUUAGCUGCCAGUGUUGCACUAAAGAUGCUGUGGGCUGCCAGUAUGGCCAUCAGGCUGCAGGCCUGUGUUUCUUUUAGCUUUUUUGUUUUUAAUCUUUAUAGUUCUUUCUAGCGGACAUAACUUACAAGCUCAAUUCCAAAAACACUGGGACGCUGCGUAAAACACUGAAUAAAGCAGAAUAUAAAACAGUGAUAAUUUGCUAAUCCUUUCAGACAUAUACUCAAAACAGUGUAAAGACAAUGGAUUUAAUGUUUUACCUCAUCAACUUCAUUGAUUUUUGUAAAUUGAUGCUUAUUUGGAUUUGACACCAGCAACACGUCUCAGACGAGUCGGGACAGGGGCAACAAAAGACUGAUGGUUGUGGAAUUGGGGUUGUAAAAGAAAAUAAAAAUCAGAUUUUGUUUUGUCACACGUCCCCACAGAGGGAGAAGGUACAAAAAAGUAUGUGUGGUUUGUUCAUAAAAAGUUCAUAAAAAAGUCCAAGGCUAUGACAAGAUGCUAACAGCUGCUGUGGUGCUUUGCCUUUAUGAACUUUCGUAUUCAGAUAAAAUCCUAAGUGAUUUAAAAUGUUCUUCUCGAUGUUAAAGUGAUCGGUGUCAUUUUUUUUCCCCUGUGCUUUAUUCUAUAUAAAAGACAAUGACAGUUUUAUGUCAUUUAAUGUACAGUCAUGCAAUCUACAUUACAUUCUCAGAAAUUCUGUUCUCGGAGAUAACGUCUGUAAAUCCUGUCUAUUACCGUGUCUUUUAAAGACCAGCCAUAAAAAUUGUCUGUUAGUUAUAAUUUAUUAAAUUAAAGCUAACGGGUGUAGGAUCUGAAAAUUCCUUAUUUAAGUGUCGAAAAAUACACUGUGACAGCAGACACAAACUUUAAGCUACAUGGUAAUACUUGUGUAUGUUUGUCGGUACAUACAUUCCCACUUGACUAAUAUAUAAAUUUUUACUCUAUUUAUUUCCAGUGGAGGUUUAAUAAGAGUGAUCAGUGUUGUAUGCAGUGAAGUUUUGAGUCUGAUAAACUUUUUCAACCUGUUGGAAGGUGUCACAGGCUCAUUUUUAAUCAGUUCUGACACAUUAAAAUAUAACAAUUAUGUCUCUUUAUUUAAUGUUUAUCUUUGAAUUUUCCUUCUCAGUCAAGCUUUAGUCAGUUUGCUUUAAGAUUUGCUCAUUUAUCUGUAGUUUAUAUUUAUAAAUGCUACUUUAGUUGCUGUUUGGUAUGGGGUAUAAUGUGUGCCAAAGUGCACUCUUGUUGCAGACAAAUAUAGUGUGUAAUUUUUGAAAUGAAGAAGGAGGAAAAAGUCUGCAGUUGGCCCUAUGGUGCAGAAAUAUGAGAAGUGAUAUCCUAGUGCAGGAUAGUUUUGGUAACUGCACUGUAGCAGGGGUGUCUGUUAUUCAGUUAUUCUAUUAAACAUCCACAAGUCUGACUGUUGUUCCAAAACCAACACCAGUAUUGGACAAGCCUCUGAUACUGCCUGAAAUGCUGGAUAUCAGUCAGUACGUGAGCCUAUGCACAGAUCCAACACCACGUCAUCACUGAAAAGAGAGCUGCUAUUUCCCAACUGCUGCAUCCCAUAGACUUACAAGCAAUUCAGCAAAUUUUUUACUACACAUGUAGUCAGUAACCAUAAGCACGUGUGAGCAAACUUACAUUUGUUAGUAUUUGUGUUCCUUUUCAGUUCUGACUGUCUGCCAAACUGGAUAAUAAAAGUUCUGAGCCAUUCAUUCUCUGUAUGUAUUUGUUUUUAAAAAGCGUGACAUUCAUACAGGGUUAGAAGUACAAAGCUGUUGAAAAAUAACUGAAGUCUUGAUCCUGAAGUAAAAAAUGGUAUCGGAACAUCUCUAGUUUCAAAUGUGGGAGACAAGUGUUCGCUUAUGAGCUGAUACUUAACAUAUCUUCUUGUGCGUUUCAUCAGCUCGAUUAGUGUAGCACCUUUUUAAAAAACGUUGGUUCAGGCUGAUAAAUAAACCAAACUAUUCCCUGACUAAACACUCAACUGCACUUGUAUGUUAUUAUUAUUAUUACUACUGUGCAGACAACCACAGUGCCUCCGCUGUUCACCACUGUGCCUGUUCGCUAGUCAGUCAAAAACAAUUACAAACUUAUAGAAAAAAAAAAUCUAAUUGUAUAGGUGGAACAACACAACUGUAGUGAGUUAGUAAAGUGUAAGAUGACCUGUUGUGGAGAUGAGUUCUUGAGAGGCUGACAGUGGCUUUAGACUUUUUCAAAUUUCUUUUCUUUUAUCCAUUGAGUUCUGCAUUUGCCAUCAAACUUUCUGCAAGAUUUUAUAGAAAAUUAAUAUGUACUUUUUUUCCACUGGGAGAUGCAUAAAAUCAUUCAUUUUUACGUGACAAAUUCCAAUUUUGAUUUAAAUGAAUGCUCUGAUUUCUGCAAUUUAAAUCAUGUUUCAUCCCAAAUAAAAACACAUAUUUGUGCAACGGACCUUUUUUAGUGUAUUAAUUCCUUCUAAAAUUACACUUUUUAAAAAAAAUAGAUAAACCAACCAGCACUUACAAAAUAAAUGGGCCAAUGUGUAAAUGAAUGCGUAAGAGUUAUCAUUGUAAUCUGCAUGUCAGAAUAUUUGCACAUUUUGGAGGUCCAUUGAUGUGAUCACAGCAUUUAGAAAAUCACAAUGACCUCAUUUAUGGCAGUUUUUUUUAUUGAUUAACUCAUCAUUUGUUGCAUCUUGAAGUGUUGUGAAUUGUCUGAAUUUGGGAGCACUUGUUGGGAUUGUCAGAGUACUGUACUGUAAGUUAGAUAAAGUGUGUUAUUCCUGAUUUGAUUAAUGAUAACUUUGAUACAGUAUUGAGACCCUACUGUAAAAGGUUUUCUUUUGUCACCAGAUUUGUUAUUGUAUAUGAAAUGCUAUCGCUGGUAUAUUUUUAAACAUUGUUUUUUCUUGUUGAAUAAAAAAGUAAAAUU